AUGAGAAUAUUUAAAUAGGCAUUCGAGAGUAUUCAAGGGAAGAAAGGGGAAGAGGAGAACAAAUCUGGUUCAAAAGGAGCCUUUUAUGUAGAUGAACAAUUCAUGACACCAGAGUUUCUGUACAAACAGAACAACAAAGAGGUGCAAUUAGGACAAUAAAAGAAAAUAAAUUUAACGAAACAAUUUUUUUUAACUAUGUCUACGAUGGAGAGCAAAUUCAAUUUGUCUCCAAUCAAACAAAUAAAUAUGGUGGAUUAAUUGGUUGGAAUGUAUUAGGAAUGUGUUCAAUAAUAUGAUACUCUUAUGGAUCCCAUUAAAUAUUAUUUCUUAGACAAAAUUAAGAAUAUAGUUUAACAGGCUGACAAGUUUACUUAAAGAGAACCUAGAUCGUUAUAAUCUUCGGAAAGGAAAAUUCAAUAACCUACUUAAAUAAUGAGUAGUGAAGUUAGUUACUUCAAGGAUUUCGAGGAUUUUAACGAUAGGAUUGAUAAGCCCACUGAGUAUGCUACUCCGAAGAACGAAGAUCAGUAUAAAGAAAUCGACAAUAAGAAACUUGUCAUUCAACUUCAAAAUUUGAUAGAAGAAGGCAAAAAGAAUAAAGAGAAUCCAGAUAUCAUCAUGAAGAAUCACGAAUCUCCAUAAUCUUAAUUUAAUGAUACCAAAUAAGCAUAAAAAAUAGAUGAAUCAUCUACUAAGAAGAGAUCACCAAAAAUAGAAUUCAGAAAUGAGAAUAAUGAAACACCCAUUCCGAAAUUGUUGCUGAAAGAGGAACAUCAAGUCAAAUAGAAUGUGGUGGAAUCACAAUUGCAAAAUCAAUCAAAGUCUAUCUAGGAUAGAUUAAUGGCCAGAUAAAAAAGUCAAAAGAAAAAAGAAACUUGA